AUGAGCGACAAUUACAUGCAAAUAGGGCAAACCAAGGACGUUCUUUUGAAUCCAAGAGUUCCAUCUGAAAUUUCUGGCCUUCUUCUUGCAAAUGAUGCAGAUACUAGAGACAAUGUGGGAGCUGGAGGAACUUUGUAUUAUAAAUGCCCAGGUAACUGUAGCUUUGAUGUCACUUGUGAUAGCACAACUCCUUGUUCUAGCUGCAAGCGACCUAUGAACAGUCUCACGCGUUAUGUUGGAAAGAAGGUGGUUGAUGACAACACUUCGAUUAAGAAUGGUUUUGUGAAGGAUGUCGUAACAUUUAUGGUGAUGGAUGAUUUGGUGAUUCAACCAAUGUCAACAAUAUCAAGCAUCACACUGGUGAACAAGUUCAAUGUGAAAGACAUUAGUACAUUGCAAGAAAAAGUUGUUGAGAUGGGGAUGGAUGAGGGCAUCAAGUUGCUCAAAGCUUCCCUGGGAUCGAAGAUGGUCUUGACUAGUGUUUUCAUCAAGAAAGACAUUUGA